GCGUCACGCCGUCUGACAGCGGGGAAAAAAAAGGAGGCCAUGGAGGAGAACAUUCCUCACCCGAGGGAGGCACAAGGGCCCACCGUCGCCCAACCGGCCCCGGCGGUCGUCACGCCCCGCGACGACGCUCUAGCUCCCGUAGCCCAGCUGCUGUCGUCCUCGGGCGAUGAUGAGUCGUCCGACGACGAGCUGGAGGUCGACUUCGAGUUCCCGUUCGUCUGCAGGGACUCCCCCGCGGGCACGGCCGCCCCGGCCGACGAGCUCUUCGCGGACGGCCGGAUCAGGGCCUUCUACCCGGUGUUCGGCCGCGGCACGGCCGGGUGCGUCCCCCGUGGCGGCGGCGGCGGCGGCAGCGGCAGCUGCUGCACGGCGCUGCCGGCCGCUCCGCCGCGGGUGAGGGGCCAGCUGGGUCGCCUGUUCCAGGAGGAGACACGGGAGCGCAGCACCUCCGCCAGCUUUACGGCGUCGUCCGGGCCCGCCACGGACGAGGACGGCGGCCUGGAUGGCGCGGCGCCGGGGAGCUACUGCGUGUGGCGCCCGGGUCCGUCCGCGUCCGCGUCGCCCUCCCCGCCGCCGCCGCCGCCGCCCAGGAAGAGCGGGUCCACGGGGUCCAUGGCGCGGUGGCGCCGCAUCAGCGACCUCGUCGUGGGCCGCAGCCACAGCGACGGCAGGGACAAGUUCGUCUUCCUCGCCGCCGCGCCCAGGAGGGGGCCCAAGGACAAGGAGCCUGCCGCCACUGCCCCGCCCGCGGUCGCCGCCCACCAGAUGGCGGCGGCGUACCUCGCCAGGGGCGUCCCACCGCGGCGCACGUUCCUGCCGUACCGCGAGGAGCUCGUGGGCUUCUUCGCCAACGUGAACGGCAUCAGUCGGAGCCACCACCGUCCGCCGUUCUGACGUCUUGUCAGUGGCCUAUUCCAUCGGUUAAUUACCCUGAUUAAUUAAUUAUUCGGUAACGUGAUUAGCGCUUUUCUUAGCAGUAGUGGAUAAGUAGGCGGUCUGUAUAGGUAAUGAUUUUGGGUGGAUCACGCGACGCGAUGAAUGGAGAGGUGUUUUCUGUCG